UACAAAAAAAAAAAAAAAAAUGAAGCGCCUAAUUCUAACUCAGAUGCCCGUAUAAAAUAAAAUAUAUAAUAAAAUAAAAAUCAAGCUACAAUUAGUCACUAAAAUACAUCUGGGUGACACAAGGUAUGGAAUACCUUAGCAAAUGAGUUUUAUAGAUUUUCUUGCGUUGGAAAAUUUGAAUAACCAAAAGAAAGACAUGGCUUUCUCUUUUCUUUCACCUUUUUUUUUUUUUUUUUUUAUUUAUAUGUUAUGAUUUUCUUUCGACCUCCAUAGCCUUCCCGCCAGAAAAUCCUGGAUCGUUAAGAAUUCUUAAGUUCUGAAAAUGUCUGGUGGAAACGCUUUUCGGUUGUCUUCUUUAGUUAGAAACUGCAUUUACCACCCUGCAGUUUCUCAAGCUAAGCAAAUCCAUGCACAAAUCCUUGUCCACGGUUUCCUUUCUGACGUCACUCUUCAAACUGAUUUGUUGCUGUUGUAUUCCAAAUGUGGUUUCCUCUGUGAUGCCCGCCAAGUGUUCGAUAGAAUGGUUGACAGAAACAUGCAUUCAUGGAACAUUUUGAUUUUUUGGUACGUGCAGAAUUCCAUGUUUUCUGAUGCUUUGAGUGUUUUUGAUAGAUUCAGACAAAUGGAUCUUCGACCAGAUCAUUACACUUUUCCCCCACUGUUUAAGGCAUGUGGUGGAGUAGUGGGAUAUACUUAUCUGGGUAAGCUGCUUUAUGGUUGGGUAAUUAAGCUUGGAUAUGGAGGAUAUGUCGUUGUGACCAGUUCAGUUUUGGAUUUUUGUGUAAAAUGUGGAAAUAUAUUUGAUGCAAGGAGGGUUUUUUCUGGUAUGUCAUGCAGAGAUUCUGUAGCAUGGAAUUCAAUGAUAUCAGGGUUUGGAAGGGCCGGUUUAUACACUGAUGCUUUGAAUUGUUUUAGGGAAAUGCUUGCAGCAGGAGUGAAAAUGGAUUCCAUGACAAUUCCAAGCAUUUUAAAUGUAUGUGGAGGAGAAGGUGACUUGAUUAGAGGGAAAGAAAUUCAUGGCCAAAUACAUAAGAGUCUCAAAUAUGAUGCGGAUGUUGCCAUAGGAAAUUCGUUGAUUGACAUGUAUGCAAAGUGUGGAUGCUUGGACAAUGCAGAAAAGGUCUUCAAGAACAUGACCAACACAAAUAUAAUAACUUGGACCACAUUGAUAUCUUGUUAUGGAGUCCAUGGGAAAGGGGAGGAUUCCUUGGUCUUGCUAAAGCAAAUGAGAGAUUUUGGAUAUGAACCUAAUCAUAUCACAUUAACAGCUAUUUUAGCUAGUUGCAGCCACUCGGGUCUCAUAGAUGAAGGUCGAAAGAUUUUUAAUAACAUGUGGUUACAUUAUGGGUUCAAACCCAGAGUAGAGCAUUAUGCAUGUAUGGUUGAUCUUUUGGGUCGUUUUGGGUACCUCAAGGAAGCGCUUGGAUUGGUAAAGAAUAUGAAGUUGAUGGUGACAUCAAGUGUUUGGGGUGCCCUACUAGCUGGUUGUAUGAUGCACAAGAAUGUUGAUAUUGGAGAAAUUGCUGCUCAUCAACUCUUUGAUUUGGAACCAAGAAAUCCUAGCAAUUACAUUGCCUUGUGUGGUAUUUAUGAGUCCCUUGGUAUGUGGGACAGUGUAUCUUUAAUUAGAUUGAAGAUGAAGGAUCUGGGUCUGGUUAAAACUCCUGGUUGUAGCUGGAUAAUGAUUUCAGGAAAAAUUCAUAAAUUUUACCAAGGGGACAAUUCUCAUCCUCUCACUGUGCUGGUAUGUAAAACAUUAGAAAGAAUAACCAAGGCAAAAUUGUUAUCUGGUGAGUGUGGAGUGGAAGAGUAUGUAUAAGUUCGACCAAUCUACAAGCUAAUGCCCCUUUUUAUUAUGAGAAUAUGGAAUUCGACCAUUAUAUAGUUGAAGCAUUUCUGGAGCAUUUCUUCUCCUUGAUAUAUUAUAUAGAGCAAGAAAAAGAAACAUAAAUUUUUACAUAAUACUUUUAAAAAAUGGUGGUUAUAGGAAGUGCAAUUCAAUGAUCUUCUUUAAUUUGCAGCAUUUGUUUGUGUAACGUUCAAUCAUGAGGCCUUGUGCUCAAGAUGGUGACGACU